AUGGGCUCGGGCGGGACUGGAGGCGAGGCAGCGGGUGAGGGUCUAGCGGCGGCGGCGGCAUGGAUGCGCCAGUCGCCGGUGUCUGGGGCGGUGGUGGGGCUGGCGGGUGCGAUGGCGCCGGCAGGCUCGGCCGAGCUGCCGCCGAUCGGGGCGCUGUCGGACGAUCUGGGGUGGGACGAUCUGGACAAGGCCAAGCUGUUUGGCUACUCGGUGGUGGUCUUUGCCGCGCUGCGGGCUGCCGUCUAUCCGCUGUUCCUCCUCAAGACCCGCCUCCAGGCGCAGCAGCAGCAGCGGGCGUACUCUGGCGUCGUCUCGGGUGUGCGGGCUAUUGUGGCCUCCGAGGGCGUGGCCGGUCUGUACAAGGGCCUGCUGACCAUGGUGGCCGGCGUUGUACCUGCGCAGACGCUGUAUGUGGCAACGUACGAGGGCCUGCGUGCGCCGGCGACGCUGGCGCCACUUCUGACCUUGGUCGGCCUCGACGUCCAUGCUGACGCCGAGGCCGUCCAGGCCCUCCGCAACGGCAUCGGCGGGCUCGGCGCCGGCCUGGCGUCGCUGGCGGCGGUUGUCCCGAUCGACGUUGUCUCACAGCGGCUGCAGAUGCAGUCAAAGACGCUUGCCGGUGCGGUUGUUGGCGGCUCGCGCUCGUACUCGUCCGGCCUUGCCGUCGUCAUGGACGUGUUGCGCAACGAGGGCCUGCGCGGCCUCUAUCGCGGCACGGUGGCAACCAUGCUCUCGACCGUUCCCUCGUCGGGCAUCUGGUGGUCGUCGUACACCCUCAUCAAGCCGCGCGCUGCGCGCGCCUUUGGCCUGGAAUACGACGACAUCCGGCUGCACGUUGUUGCCGGCACGCUCGCCGGCGUGGUGGCGACCACUUCCACCAACCCACUCGACGUCAUCCGCACCCGCCUGCAAAUCGACGUCUCAAACUACGCGUCGGCGGCUGGGAGCGGGCGCGAGGGAACCCGCCCGCAGCCUUCCAUCGCCUCCAUCGCCCGCACCCUCUACCAGCAAGAGUCGCUGGCCUCAUUGUGGACCAAGGGUCUCGGCCCGCGCCUGUGGACCUCGUCAAUCAUGGGUAUCCUCAUGGUGGCGGCGUACGAGCGGAUCAAGAUCCUCGCCCGCAAGCUCCCCGUGCCCGACGAAUAGCACACUCGUCCGCGAGCUGGAACACGUUACUGCGGCUUGAGCUUCUUCUUCAGCUCCUCGGCCCGCGCCAUGUACUCGGAGAUGCGAAUCCGGAGUGCAGACGCGCGCUGGCUCUCGGCCUGCAUCCGCCCGAGCGCCUGCAUCAGGUACGUGAGGCCGUUGGUGUAGAGGUCGACGGCGUCGGCGUUGCGGCCAGCCUUGUCGGCGCGGACGGCCUCCUUGACAAUGAGGAUGCCCUUAGCGUAGACCGAGGUGUUUGAGCUCGGCAGACUGCUGCCCGCAAGCGAGGCCUCGGCAAAGCCGGACCGGCUGAGAAUCGUCAUGGCCCGCGCGUCGAACCAAUUGCCGCGGCUGCGAAUCAUGGCGCCCGGCGGCUGCUGCGAGACUGGCUUGGGCCACUCGCCGCGGACAACAAGGACCGAGUAUCCGUUGGCCUGCUGCUCCGCAAUAAAUUGCGCCACAAACGC